CAGCGGAAAUGCCUCUCUUAGAGAUGUCCGGUGACCCGUGCAUGCCAAUCGCCCCCUUAAAGACUGACCCUGACCCUGACCCUGACCCCGUGACCUCCAGCUCUGACGUCUGUCCAGAUUUAGCGUGCCAUAUCGUCCAACACUCAGAGGAAAACGAGAGCGGCCAAAUCCCAGAUUUUUCUGUCAGUACAGAUUACAAUAUGAACAGUAGCGUGGAGGACAAAAUGGCGAGAGAUGUCCCUGUCCCCACGCCCCUGUCCGGGGGUUCCCCUCUCAACCAAUCAGGGACCACCAGCCUCUACUCGGAGUACGACGAUUACUCGUACGAUCUCGACUCCUCUUUCGAUCCGACACGAUCUGAAGUCGGUGCGGGGGCUGGGAAAUCUUUGUUUGAUGAGCUUAGGGAGAGAAAUCUGUCUGAAGAUCUCUUAAGAGUUGAAGGGAUGGGUGGGUUUGACCUAGAUGUGGCUGAUGGUUUUAAUCAAGAGGAUGAGGAAGAUGAUUAUGACGAUAACGAUAUAGACAGGACGUUAGAACACGUUCCUGCGCUUGAUCUUGAGAGCUUAGAUAGGGAUAGCUUUUCAGAAGAUAAAAUAUCAUGCAGUUCUGAAUUGUCCUUAAUAGAGGAAUUGGAAUCAGCCAAUGAGCGUGAAGAGAAUCAACAGGAAAUGUCCAGCCAGGCCUCUGAGCCGGUCCCUCGUUUAACAGCACUAGCCAAUGAGAACCCGAUCCUCACUCCGCUGCAGCCAAUCAAGUCUUUCAAAAACGGCGCCGCCAUAUUUGUGUGCGAGGUGGUGAGCCGGAAGGCGAAGGUCACGUGGCUGAAAGGGGCGGAGCCUAUCUGUGGCAGCAGCGACAAGUACACGGUGACAGUGGCCGGCAAGAUGCACUCACUCACCAUCCAUGACGUGCAGGCGGAUGACGCAGGCAGUUACUGUGCCAGUUGUGACGGCCACGAGUCGGCGGCUGACCUUGAAGUCAGAG